AAAAGCAUAUAUCGCCGAAUUACUAAGCCUAGCGCAUAUUUAAAGUUUAAUUUCUCUUCGGUUAUGAGAUUUUCCUGUAAUGUAGAACACUACUGUUAAUCCUUGUUAGGAUUAGGUAAAGCCUUGGCCGCAGUAGAAUACCACGUUCAGAAUACCAUGGCAACGACAAGACUGGGAAAAAUCAUGAAUGGACCACUUCAGUAGCGUCUUAUUCUUGUGUUGUUUUGAUGGCAGCGCCGAUUUGUAUAUGAUUUGUAUUCUGAGUGGAUCUCCGCCUGUUAAUGCGUCGUAUGUGAACGCGUCACGAGACCAAAUGUGGAGGUUUAUAUUUAGGCUGUGAGGUAAAAUAGCGGUGUUGGGUGAUUCCUCUGAGUGGUUGCUUGGCUUUGUCAAGGACUUGGACACUAGAGUGCAGGAGAGGAAGGAGGAGGAGGAGGGGGAUGGCCGCUGUACACAAAUACCAAAAUAGGAUCGAGCUGCCUGCGACCGUCCUGUGAGCUAAAAUGAGGUUCAUGUGUUUUGAAGAGGAGCGCUUAGAGGAGAAAGGACGCAGCGGAAUGACAGUGUGGGAAAGCAGCAAUCCAUGGAAAUAAAUGAGAGAUAUCAUGUCACAUAUAAAACCUGAAAUAUAUACCUAUGACUUCAGUGAUGGUGACCAUCCUGCAAAGCUCCUGGAUGCUCUCAGGCAUUUCUACACCAGCGGCUUGUUUACCGACGUUACCCUGCAGUGUGAGUCAGGACAGGUGUUUCACUGCCACAAAGCCAUACUGGCAGCCCGCAGCUCCUAUUUCAAAGUCAUGUUCACAGCUGAUAUGAAGGAGAGGUCCAACAGCGUCAUCAAAUUGACUGGGGUGGACUGCGGGGUUUUGGGUGCCCUGGUGGAUUACGUGUACACCGCUCAGGUGUCCAUUACUGAGAACAAUGUGCAGAGCCUACUAGAGGCUGCAGACCUCCUCCAGUUCAUCACAGUCAAACAAGCAUGUGAGGAGUUUCUCAUUCGCCACCUGGAUGCCGACAACUGUCUGGGUAUGCACGCUUUUGCUGAGAUGCACGUGUGUCCCAGGCUGGAGAGAGAAGCCCGUAGAGUGAUGCUAAGCAGGUUCACAGAGCUCAUUGAGCAGGAGGAGUUCCUAGAGGUCGACCAUGAGAAAGUGAGGUCAGUUCUGUCUGCUCAGAGCCACACUGUGCAGAGGGAUGAAGUGCUGAUAGAUGCUGUAGUCAGGUGGGUUACCCAUGACUUGGAUAAUCGUGUGCACCAUGUGUCAGACUUGCUGCACUCCAUCCAUCUGGAUCUGGAUGAGAUUUACUUCAGAGCUUCGUUAGAGGUGCACAGACUAUACCUGAUGAGCAGUGACCAGAAAUUAAAAUCUCUAAUAGUUCAGGCUUUAAGGUCCAGCGGGAAAGAGAUAUCUGCAAGCCGAAAAAUAUCCUCCAGCAUGUAUAUCAUUGGAGGAUACUAUUGGCACCCUCUGUGUGAGGUUCACAUCUGGGAUCCUAUCAGCAACACUUGGGUGCAAGGAAAGGACAUGCCUGAUCACGGAAGAGAGAGCUACAGUGUCAGUUUUCUUGGAGCAAACAUCUAUGUGACUGGUGGUUACAAGACAAACACUGUUGAGGCUUUGGACACUGUCUCAAUUUAUAAUUGUGACUACGAUGAAUGGACUGAGGGCUGCCCCAUGAUUACAGCCAGGUACUACCACUGUUCUGUGGCUUUGCAUGGCUGUAUUUAUGCCAUUGGAGGGUACAGAGGAGGAGCUCCAGAGCAAGAGACUGAAUUUUAUGAUCCAUUAAAGAAGAGAUGGUUCCCUGUGUCCAAAAUGAUACAAGGUGUGGGAAAUGCAACUGCCUGUGUAAUGGGAGACAAAAUCUAUGUGACCGGAGGCCACUAUGGGUACAGAGGAAGCUGCACUUAUGAGAAAAUCCAGGUGUUCAGGCCAGAUGUCAAUGAGUGGGGUAUCAUUACAAUAAGUCCCCAUCCAGAGUAUGGGCUGUGUUCUGUGUCUCUCAACAACAAGCUGUAUUUGGUGGGUGGACAGACUACUGUUGCAGACUGCUACGACACAGAGAGAGAUGAAUGGAGGCCUAUAUCGGUGAUGAAGGAGAGAAGGAUGGAGUGUGGGGCUGUGGUAAUAAAUGGUUGCAUUUAUGUAACAGGGGGAUACUCAUACUCGAAAGGGACUUAUCUGCAAAGCAUUGAGAAAUACGACCCUGAGCAGGAUUCAUGGGAGAUAGUGGGGAGUCUUCCCAGCCCCACCAGAUCGCAUGGAUGCGUUUGUGUUUAUGGUGUCUAGUGACAAACCUUAAAUAAUAACAUUUUGUUUAUCAUUUUGUAUCAGAUGGAUGAAAUGAUGAUUUAUUCACAGUAUUAACUGUACAUGCAAAAUAUGAAGCUGCACUGGCUGCAUUUCUUUAAGGAGCUAUUUCCAAAACUGAUGAACAAGUGUUUCAUUUUAAACUCAGGGGACCUCUUGAUGAGUACUGUAGUUCAUUCUUUUUACCAUUUUAAAACAUAAGGUUGAAAUUUAAAAAAUGGGUACAGUUGUAUUUCAGUGGAAAUACAAUCCUCAUUUGAAAUCCACUUUUAUUAGUAGAGCCAUAUCACCAAGCUGUAACUUAAUCGAAUAAAUCACUACACUUUGAAUGUGGUUUCAGAAUCUGUUACUUUCAGAGAAUUUUCAUCACUCUUGCUGUUAACUUUGUAGAUGUCAUAUAUUGUUUUAUGGAGGGGAAGGGGGGAAGGUUGAGAAUGAAAAAGUAUCUGACAUAUCUACCUCAUCUAAAACAGAAUAAUAAAGACACAUAAUUUUGGGAUAAAGAAUUGAUUUAGUAUUUCAAGAGGAAACUGUACUUAAUUUAAAUGAAAAUAAUAAAAGUGUGACGUGUUUGUUCACAAUAAAUUCAGAAAGAAGUUGGCACUCAAGUAGUGAAAACAGCAGAAACAAAUAUUGUGUUUACACUGUGACAAAACACAAUACAUCCUCUUCUUUGUUAUGUGCACCAAGCAACAGUAAAAAAAAAAAAAAAAGAUACCAUUAACUU